AUGAGCAACUAUAUCUGGAAUAACACUUAUUCUAUCGAGUUUUUAUCUGAAGACUUUUACGAUUUAAAUAUAAGCACAAAAGACAAUGUAUAUGAAACAAUAAGAAAAAAAAAAGAUGGAAACGAAGUAGCGAGUCUAAGUAUAAAUAUUAGUAACCAUAUAUGCAUGUUUGUUCAAUUGUUAGAUAAUAUAAUAGGAAGAUUAAGUUAUAAUAAUAAUAUAAUAAAUGAUAAGUUAAACUAUAAGAAGUUAUGUAAUGUAUUUAGUUACAUCAAAACGCAGUUAUAUAACUGCGACUAUAGUUUAUUUUUGAGAAUAUAUUCAAUUUAUCACAAUUAUAAUCAUAGAAAAAAUGGAUACUUAGACGUAAAUAAUUUAUAUUCAUUUAUAUUAGAUAUUAUAAAUAAAAUCGAAAAUCUUAAUGAAAAUAAUUUUUUAAUAUUACCAGGAGGGUUUUAUUUACAAAAAGAAAAAAUGUUAAUCAAAAUUUUAUACAUAAUACACCGAGAAAAUAAUCUUUACAGUUUUUCAGUUUUAAACAAUUCUAUAUAUGGUAUACAAUAUCAUCCAUUUAAAAUUGACGAGGUUGAUAAUUUAGGAGUAUUGUUAAGAGAUGUAGUAGUGUGCAUAAAAAAUAUAAGUAAGAAUUAUUUAACAAAUUCCUUAUUUUGGUUAUGUUUAUAUCGAUUAUAUAUAUUUCCAAAUCCUGACAAUGUUGAUAUAUUAUAUCAAAUAUUAUUACCAUAUUUAAAUAAUUCUUUUUUAAUGAAUAAUUGGAAUAUUUGUAAUAAUAAAACUAUAAAAAUAGCCGAUGAAAAAAAUGAUAUGGUUAAAAAAACUAGUAGUUUAUAUCGUAACGAUAAUAAUAGUUCUUUUUUUAAUAUAUACAACGACCUUUCUAAUUUGAAUGAUGGAAUUGGGAGUUUUGAGAAAAUACAGACAGAAAGAAAAUUAGCUAAUUCUAAUUAUAAUGGAUAUUUUGAAAAUAUAAAUUCAUUUGAAAAUAUAAAUACAACAAAUAUGGGUGUCUCUCAAGGAUUUAAUGAUCCUUUCAAUUUGGGUCUGUCUGGAAAUUAUGAUAAUAAUAAUAUAAAUUCGAACAACAACAAUUCGUUUUUUAUGAACAAUAAUAAUAAUAUGAAUGAAAAUAGAGACAAUUUAUGGAUGAAUAACGAAAUGAAUGAUAACAAAUAUAUAAACAAUAAUAUUAAUAAUGACAUUAAAAAUUCGAAUCGAAAUGAUAAUGAUAAAUAUGGUGGUAUUUAUGUAAAUAUUUAUAAAAACAAAUUUACCUCAUUUUCAAUGAGUUUAUAUUAUUGCAUAAUAUAUAUGCUUAAAAUACUUAAUAUUCAAAAGGAAGAUAUUGAGAUAUUUAAAAUAUUUAUUUAUUAUAGUAUUAUUCUGAAGUUAUGCGAUGAUUUAUAUAAAUAUGAAAAAAUUGAAAAAAGUAAAGAAGAAAUGUCCAAUUUUAAGGAAGGGAAAGAUGAAGGAAAUUCCAUUUUGAGUACCACCAAUAUAGGUACAAAUAAUAAUGGAUACAAUUAUGCCUAUGAAAAUAGUAAUUUCGAUAAUGGUAAUUUUGGACAAAAUCAAAAUAUUUUACAGAAUCAAUAUAACAGCCGAAACAGUUAUGAUUAUGAAAUGAACGAUAAUAUGUUUAAUAAAAAGAACGAAACAAAGCAAGAUUCAAAUAGAAUCGAUAAGACAUUUUUUGUUUUCCUAGAUAUGAGUAUAAGAAAAUUUUGUGUAUUAUUACACCUCUAUUUUAGCAAAAUGAAAAUAGGUAUGUAUAAUAUAAAUAAAGUUAUAAAACAAGAUAUAUUAAAUGAAAUGGUGAAAAAAAUAUUAUAUAUAAAAUAUAUGUAUAAUAAAAUGGAAGGGAAAUAUUACUUAGAUUUAACAUUAAAUAUAGAUGUAAUACAAAAAAGAAUUUAUAGAAAUACAAUUAAAUUUCCAAUGUAUAUAAAAUUUGAAGAUGAUUUAUAUAAACGUUAUAGAAAACGUGAAAUAAAAAAAGACAUAAAUAUACCUAUAUCCUUUUAUAUAUCUAAGAAGCAUAUACAUUCUUUUAAUGAUUUAUAUGUUAUAUUAUAUCAAACUAAUUUAAUUACAAAUAUAUUAAUAAAUCAAAAAAGUUACAUUAAGCAUUGCUAUUUGUUAGCAUUUUCAUUUAUUAGUCACAUAUUAAUAAAUAUUUUGCCCCCCCCAAAACAAUUUAUAUUUUUAUCAAAAUGGGAGAAUUUAAAGAGAUCAUUGCAAAUUAGUUUACUCAAUGAGUUAUAUCAUAUGUAUAAUAAUAUAUAUUUUAUAUCUUGUUCGAUUUAUCAAAAUAAGCAAAUAGUUAUGUAUAAAAUAAUAAAUUCCUCAAUUCUUUUGUUUCUAUAUGACUUUUUUCUAAGAAUACCAUGUUGUGAUGUGUGUUCUAUAUUUUCUGUCCAUUAUAAUGGAUUUUCUUCGAAAACUGUUUAUAAUAAUGAAAUAAAUGAUGGAGAGAAGAAAAUAAAAUCAAUAUAUUAUAAUAGUAACAAAAGUGAUAGGAAAACGAAGAAUAUAUACGACGAUAUAAACAGUGAUAAUAGUAAAAAUGGAAAUAAAAACAAAGCAAAAAAUAAUAUUAAUAUGGGGGUUAGAUACCUUGGAUGUGCUGAAGAAGACAGUUACUCAUCCUUAGAUGAAUAUAUGCAUGAAGAUAGAGAUGGAAUAAAAUUAUCAGGAUAUUGUAUUGAUAUAUCAGUUUUAGAAUGCUUUAGUAAUUAUUUUUUAAUUAUAAAUCCCAAAUUGAAUAUUAUGAGGUCCGAUAUUAUUGAAUAUUUUUAUAAAAUUAAUGAAAAGAAAAUAAAUAAAAAUAGUCAAUUGUUCUCAUUUGAAAAAAAUGAUGAUAUAAGCACAAGUGAAAUCGAAAUAUUAGAAAAUAUAAGUUUAGAUCUUGGAUUAGAUAGAAAGAAAAAUCAUAUAAUAGAAUAUUAUUGUGGGGAGAAUAAAUUAUUUAAGCAAUUAGUACCUGAGUUUUAUCAUUUACGGGACAUGUUAUUUAUAUUCAAAUCAUAUAUGUGUCCAUAUGUUGACAAGCUACCUUCUGUACGAUUAUAUAAAUAUGAUGAUAUUAAUUUAAAUUUUUCUUAUAAAAAUAAAUUAAAUGUUACCGUUUUUAAUAAAAAAUGCGAUAUAUGUGGAUACAUGUGCCCUCCAAAAAAUGUGAAAGGAAAUUUUUUUUCCUUUAUAUACCAAUUUAUGCAGUCCCAUGAAGAUAUGAAAAAAAAAAAUACAAUCUUGACUUAUUCCAAUCCGAAUAUAUAUACAAAUACAUAUAUCGAAAAUGAACUAGAUGUAUUAUAUGUGUCAGACUUGCCAUUCUUUCACGAAUCGUUAGAUUUACGAGAUGUCGAAAUAUUACUUCAAUAUUUAACAGUUCCAUAUAUUAGGAUUCCGUUAAUUUUAGAGUUUUUUUGUGAUAAAAAUAGGAUAAAAAGUUUUCAAUCUUUUGAUAUACAACAGUUAUUAUUAUGCAUAUUAUUUGAACCUUACAUUUUUAAAAAUAAAUAUAAAAAUAUUGAAGAAGAUAAUUAUAUUCCUUCAAAGGAUAGAAAUAUAUUUGCCACAAAAUAUGGUCUACUUAUUAACGAAUUAAUACUUAGUCCGAAAAACGUUUUAUGCAGUAUUUAUUCUUAUUUGGAAAUUGUUUUUAGUUUUGACAAUGAAUCUAAUAAUAAUUCAAAGGUUAUUAUGAUAUUUAUCAUAAUCUUAUGCACAUAUAUAAAUUUAUAUUUAAAAACUAUUAUAGAAAUAAAUAAUGAAAUACGGUACAAUUUGCAAAACAUUAAAAAUAUUCUUGUUAAGGAGAGUUUAUCAUAUCGAGGUGAAAAACGUGAUAAAGGUGGUGAUGGUAAAAUAUUAGAUAAAAGUGAAGAAAAUGAAAAUACAAAUAUAGAUGAAAAAGAUAAAAUCAAGAAAAGAGAAGAAAGACGAAUGAAAAGGAAAAGAAGACGUAGCAAACGACUUAUACAAUUUUUGAAAAAAAUCCGAAAAAAACUAAUAAAGAAUGAAUUAUAUUGUUCAGAUGAAAAUUUGCAUAAUUUGAAUAAAUAUUAUAAAAAUAUAAAGAAUAAGUUAGAAAAUGAUAUAAUAGAAAUUUUAUUAAAAUAUAUUAAAUUGGCAAUCCAAAAAAAUGAUAUAACCACCUCGUGUAUAUACCAUGGUUGUAUACUACUUAUAUAUAAAGACAUAAAAUAUAGCGAAUUAAAUAAAGAUAUAGUUCAAAAUAUAUUAUCUUCGACAUUUUUUAUAUUAACCUAUUAUAAUUUUAGUGCUGAAACAAAUUAUUCAAAUCUUAAAAAUAUAUAUGGAUUAGGUUCGCUAUUUGUAAAUACUAAUGAUAAUAUGGGUAGCACAAUGGGGAAUGAAAAUAAAUAUGAAACAAUAGCAAAAGAAGUUGGACAUAAUAUUUGUAAUGAUGAUAAAAAUAAUCCAUUUAGUCUUAUGAUAAAAACGUUUUCAUUAUGCGAAUGUGAUAUUUUUAUUUCGGUUCAUAAACAAAGAAAUAUGCUAUUAAAAUAUUUAGAAAAAAAUGAAAUGGAGAGAAACAUUAUUUUUGAGCAUACCAUACAUAUUUGUGCAUGUGUGCAUGAAAAUAAUAAGCAUAUUUAUAAUAAUAAAAGUUUAAAUAGAUAUAAUUCAAAUAUAUUUCUUAAUUUUAAUUCUAACGCUAAUAUUAUAAGGAAAUGGCUACCUGUUCAUAAAUUUAAGCAUGUAGGAAUUUAUACGAUAGAGAAUGUUGUAAAUGAUAAUAGAAGUAUUGAUGAAGACUUUGAUUAUCGUAUAACAAAAUCUAAAUCGAAAAGAGAUAACAAUGAAAAUUUCAUAACUAAGUCAAACUAUUAUUUUACUUCAUCGACAUCUAGUGCUUCAGAAGCGGAAUUAAGUUCAUCUGAAACUUCAUCAUGUUAUACUUCUUCUGAAUCAUAUGAUCAUUCUUCUUUGUCUAAUUGUCAUAGCUCUUUAUACAAUAAUGCUGAAGGAAAUGAAGAAGUAAUGAAUGUUAAUAAUAAAAAGAAUCUCUCAAUUGAUAGUGAUGCUAAAAAUGUAUUAGAUGAAAAACUUGUAUUAGGUAAUGAUGGGGUAUCAAACGCAAAUACUCAAAUGAGGAAUCAAAAAGAGUUGAAAAAUCAAAAGGAUAAUGAAAAUAUUCAUUACAAAAAUGAUAUGGUUGUUAAAAUAAAGAGAAAAAGAAAAAAACGAAGCGAAAAUAAAAAAAAAAUACAACACACAUUAAAUAAUGGUAACAGUAAUAAUAACACUAUGAAUGGAAACACAUCUAAUAGAAAGAAUCCGUUGCAUGAUACAGAAUCUAUACCAUCUAAUUCUGUUAAUAAUUUGUUAAAUUUCCCAGUGUUUUUUAAAAGCAGCACAAAAGGCUAUAGCAACAUAGAAAAAAAGAAAAGAGAAAAGGCGAAACUAAAAAAGGAUAGCAUACUAAGCAAUAAUAAAUAUAUAUCAUAUAUUAAAAAAAUUAUCAAAGAAAAAAAUAUAUUAAUAAAUUUACAAUUGUUCACAUUUUCCUAUAAAGAUAAUAAUAUUAUAACAUUAAAUGAAAAUAUUAAAAAAUUUAAAAAUUAUAGAGAUGUAUUUUUAUAUAAUAAAAAUUAUAUGAAUUCAAAUAAGAAAAAAAAAAUUCAAAAGAUAAAAAAAAACAUUAAAGUAUUAAUUACCCAGUCUUAUCAAAAUUUUUGUGCUUUUAAUAUCAUUGGAAAAAAACACACCCUCAAUAUUUGGAGGAACUCACGAAAAAUUACCCUAAAAAAUUUAAUGUGUUACAAAUAUGAUAAAUCAAAAGUUUUUUAUAUAAAAAGUAAUAAUAUGUUAACAAAUAUGCCGAAUAUGGCAAUAUUUCACAAUUUUCUGAGCAGUGAAGUAAAAUGUGGAACUUUAUAUGAACAAGAAGAUAACGAUAUAUAUAUAAGGAUAAUUUGGGAAUACAAUAUUAAAGAUAUGAGCAAAUUAUUUAAUAAUAAUGGUGAUAAUAAAAAAAAUAAUAAAAAUGAAGGGGAUGAAAGUAGAGGCAAAGAUGAUAAUAAAGAUGGAUAUAAUGGAAUGGGUAACUAUUAUGAAUUAAAAUCGUUUAAUAUCAAUUAUGAGACUCAAAAUAUUGAAGGUCUUUUCAAUUUUAAAUAUGAACAAAAUCAAUAUGAUAGUAGUUUAAUGUGUAUAACAGAUGAAUCAUCAUUUAGUGAAGAUGGUAACAUUGUUAUCAAAAAAAAUGAAGAUCAGUCUGUAAAGAAGGACAAGGAUUCUUCAAAAGAUACAAACAAUACUAGUUCAUCACCUACUUAUGAUUCACUAUUGGAAAAUGAUGAUUCGACCUUUUAUAAUUCCGAAUAUGAACAUAAAGAUAAAAACAGUAAAUAUACUUCUUAUAAUUGCAAAGAAAAAAUAAGAAAAGGUGACAAAAAUACUAACCGAGAAGGACAAAUAAAUAAUGAUAGUUUUGAAGAUAAACAUGCAGCAAAUAAUAUAGGUAACAAACUGAAUAUUUUGGAUGGAGACAUUAUAAAAAGUAGCAAUAAUACAAAUAUUCUAAACACAAAUAAUAGUAAUAUUGAUAGCAGUAAGAUAUUAGAUCCAAAAGUUGAAGGACUCGGACUGAGAGAAAUAUUAUAUCGUAAAGACAUUGAUUGUAUAUUUAUAUAUAACAUUUAUUAUAUUGUUAAUAGAUUUGUCAAAAAAUUAUAUUAUUGUAGUGAUGUAAAAAAAAUAUAUUUUUCCACUGAUAUUAAUAGAUGCAAAAAUUUAUAUUACCAUUUUGAAAAUAAUAAUGUUCGUUUAUGUUAUUAUAAUAAUAAAGGGUUGUAUGAAAAAUAUAAUGUAAGUAUAUCGAGAAAUAUAUAUAAUAAUAUGCAAGUUCAAACAUAUUUGAAUCCUAAUUAUUUGUCUACAUUUAUUCCAAAUAUAUUGCUCCAAAAUUAUAGUUUCUGGUAUAACAGUGAUAACAGUUUGAUUGGUGAAGUUAAAAAUAUGAAGAAAAGUAAAAAAAAUAAAAAUAAUAUCAUAUAUAUAAAAUUAUUUAACGAUGAAGAAUAUGGCAAUAAUGUAAAUUCACAAAAAUCGAUAAAAAAUAAGCUAUUAAUUAAUAAAAAUAAUAAGGGUAUAUGUGAACAUAUUCCAUAUGGUAUUAUACAAAAAUUAAGAAUAUUUAAUACUCCAAAUAAUUCUAAAAAAGUCGCUUCUUUAAAAGUAAACAAUGAUUAUAAACCUAUGACUCUUAUAAAUAUUUUAAGUUAUGAAAAUAAUGAUGUGUAUAAAGAUUUUUACAACAUUUUAAUGAAAUUUGACCAUAUAACAUAUAUAUUAAUUUAUACUCUUAACAUUAAAUCAUUAUUUAAAAGAGGCAAUUGUAUUAAUAACGAUAAUUAUUAUAUAAAUAAUGAAUAUGAUGAAAAUGAUACUUCUAAAAAUAUAUUAGAUAGUAAUAUCACUGUGGAUGUUGUUGAAAUUCCUCGUUUGAAAUUAACUUUAAGAAGAAAUAAUGUCGAUUUAAAAGUUGCAAAUGAUAAAGAUGGAUGCACUAAUAAUAAUGUUUCUAGUAGUGGUGCUAACAACACAUCUAACUAUACCGAUAAAAGUGGAAAUACAAAAGACGGAUGCAAAUACUAUUUUGAUGAAUUGAAUAUGUUUCUUUAUAAUGGAAGUAUGCAAAAAUAUAGCUUUAUUUAUAAUGUGAUUAAAAAGAUGAAUAAUACAGUUUUAUUGCAAAAUAAUAAAAAUGAUUUUUUUUUCUUAGUAUCUUUACUAAAUAAACCAUUUUUUUUAAACAUCUCUAAUCUAUACAAAGAAUUUAAUAAUAAAAAUAUUCAUUUGUGUACUCUUUUAGAGAAACAUAUAAAUAUUUUGUUAAAAAAUUAUAUGUAUGUAAGUAUAUAUUAUCACAAUUUUAAUAUCAAUACUGAUGUUAAUAAAAAUGUAGAUAUAUUUAAUGAAGAACCCGGAAACGAUUCUUGUUCUAUGCAAUAUAUUGUUUUAUCUAUACACAGUUCAAAAUUAUUUUUAAAUUUCCGUAAUUUAUAUAGUUGCUUUUUUUUUAUUGUAUAUAAAUAUAUAAAUAAAGACCAUGAAGAAGUUAUAGAAUAUUGCAACAAUUUAAGUAUAUGUAAAGAAGAUAUUAAAGAAAUAAAAUACUUAUUAAAUAUAUUAAAUUAUUGUGAUUAUAGUAUAUACUCAGAUGUGGAUUCAUGUGCAUGUAGAUUAAAAAUAUUUGUGACAUUAUCUAAACAAAUUAAAAUUAUUAUACAAAAAAAAAAACAUAGAUAUCAAGGAAAAGGGUAUCUAUGGGAAAUGGAUGACUAUUAUAAUAUAUUUAACUAUGUUAAAUCGUUGUGGAAUUUUGAUAAAACAGAUAAAAAUAAUGAUGAGAAUUCAAGUGGAAACGAAUUUGGAAAUAGUGAUUAUGAAAGAAGAGUCCAAAAUAAUAAGAGAGGAAAAAAGAAACCUAAAAAUACGAAUGAUCGGAAUCGAGAUGAAAAAAAUAAUGAUGAUACUAGCAAUAGUAGUGAUAUAGACUCAGAUAUGGGAUAUUCUGCAUCUAAUGCUUCUUCUUAUGAUAGCAAUUAUAUAUCAUCUGAAGCAGAAAAUAAAAAAAAGGAAUUAAACGCACAGGAAAAAAUUAACAAUGAUGAUGAUAAUAAUAAUGGAGGGGGAAUAAAAGGCAACAAAAAAAUAUCCGAUAAUAAUGCGAGUGCUGGUAUUAAUAAAAAGGAAAGAACACAAAUGAGUAAGAAGAAAGGAAAAAACAGCAAAAGUAGCAAUAUACAGAAAAGUAAAAAAAUAGAAAAUAGCAAAGAUCAAAGAAAUGUUCGUAAAAAAGUAAAUAAUACAAAUUUAAAUAAUACUUAUCAAGGAGAAGACAAUGAUAUGAAUAUAUGUGUUUAUUGGGAUGUAAUAAAAGAUAUUUUAUUUUAUAUAAAUAACUUAAUUUAUAUUAAAGCAAAAUGCAAACUAACAAUAGAUGAAGAAAUAUUUUUAUAUCAAAAUUGUAAUAUUAAUAUACAUAAGUAUAAAUUAAUUUAUAAUAGAUAUAUAAUAUUAAAUAGUAUUGUAGAGAGUAAAAUGAAAUCAGAUAAGUGUAACCUUCUCUUUUUUUACAAUAUAUUAAAAUCAAAAGAAAUAGAAAAUCAGAAAAAGAUGAAAAACUAUGAAAUACAGUAUGAGAAAAAGAGUAAAAUACCCAAAGAAUAUGUUGCCAAUGAAUUUGAAAAAAAUAAUGGAAGUGGAAGUAGUGAAAGCGAUUAUAGUAAUGUUAAUAAAACUAAAGGAGCUGAAAAUAAAAUGGAAUAUGCUUAUAAUUUUGGACAAUUGAAAGAUAACAUUAUUGGAAAUGUAAAGGAUUGCUGGGAUAGGAUAAAGCCAACAGAACGAAGUGGAUAUGAUAAAAACCCAUGUACUAAAUUAGAUGUGCAAAUAAACAUUCCCAAAAUAGAAAAUAUAAAAUAUAUAAAUAAUAUCGAUGAAAAUAUUUUUAUGAAUGUAAAUUUAUAUGAUAAUAUUGGUAAUAUAAUAAAUAAUAUAAGUUACAAAAAAAUAGAGGAUAAAAAUAACAUAGAAGCAUUGUCAUAUUUAAAUAGUUUAAUAGAUUCGCUAGGUAUACACAACUUUUUUAUUAUUUAUAAUUUCUUUAUUAAUAAUUUAAAUAUAAAAAUUGUAAAAGGAGAAAAUACUUAUUUAUAUGCUAACCUUUUGUCUAGAUUUUUAUAUUUUUACAACUAUAACAUAAGUCAAUAUAGUAAAAUUAUAUAUAUAUUUAUUUUCAUAAUAAAUCAUGAAGAUAUAAUAAAUUUACUACCAAAAAUUGAUGAUCAAAAAAUGAAGAAAAAUUAUUUAAACUUUUUUAAAACAAAUGAUUCUAUAUUUAACUUCUUUAACGAUAUAUUUAAAUUUGUCCAUAAUUUCCAAAAAGAAAAGAAUAAAAAAAUUAAUAAAAAUAUUAUCCCUCUUUCUCUAAAUAAUAAUCUAGCCAUUUCUAGUACUGAUAUAAACAUAUACCGUUUGAUGAUAAAUAUUAAUGUAGACGAUUAUUUAUGUGAACGUAGAGCCAUAUAUCCAUUCAAAAUUAAAAACAAUUUAUUAAUAGACCAUAACUUGUUAGAGGAAUUAUGUUUUAGCCCAUUUAAAAAGUUGUAUAAAUAUUUGAGAAAAAUAAAACAUGACAGUACUUUUUAUCCUAAUCAAAGACACACAAAUACAGGUGAAGAUGUUAAUCAUUUCGAAAAUUAUAGAAAUAAUUUUGAACCAGAUCAAAGAUACAAUAUUAUUAAUCAAGAAAAUACAAAUUCAUUACAUAUGGGAGAGAAAAUAUCGAAUAACAAUGUGGGUGUAUCUGGAAAUGUAUCAAGUUUGAAAAAUGAUAUAAACAAAAUAAAUAAGAACAAUUUUUUAACCUUUGAUUUUGAAGAAAAUAAUAUAUUGUGCCAAAAUACUUAUUCUAAAUAUUUUAUAAAAAAUAUGAAAAAAGAUUAUAAAAACUUUUUGGAUUAUGAGAGAAAAAAAAUAGAAUAUGAAUUUAUAGGCUUUAGUGCUGACGAAAUUAAAAUGGCAUUUAGCAAUAUAAAAAAAUUAAAAGAAUAUGUAAAUAUAUUUGUAAGUAUAAAGGAUAUAUUACUAGAAAUAUUUGUUCAGGAUAAUAAACUUCUAGAUCAUAUCAAUGAAUAUAUCGAGGAAAUAGAAGCAGGAGGAUUAGGAGAUACUGAUAGAAUUUCAAAAUCAGAAAAUAAUAAAGAAAAGAAAAUUGAAAAUACAACCGAUUUGUUUGUAAUUAAUAAUUCUAAUUUAAGGGGGAAUAGAGAUGAUAUAAAUUUUUCACAAGCAAAUAAAUCAUGGAAUUCUGAAAGUAAUUUUUUUAAUCAUAGGGGUGUAACAAAUAUUGAUGAAAUAGAUAACACAUUAGCAUAUGGAGAUAAUAUUAUGAAAGAAAAGGACAAUAAAAACGAUUUACAAAAAUAUGCAAAUUACUUUUUAUAUAAAUUUGGGGUACUAGGAAAUGCAGAAAAAGAGAUAAGUCUGAAAUUAUUAAUUAGUUGUUUUAUGUCAAAAUAUGCAUAUGAAUAUUUAAGUAUGAUAAAUCCUAAUUUAAAAAAAGAAAACUCCGAAAAACUUAUUAAUAUAGUUCUUUUGUAUAUGCUUAUUAUGAAUAGGAAAAUGUUUUUACACGAAUGCAUAAGUUGCGUUAUAAAUAUUUUAAAUAUUUUUAAAAAGUAUAAUUUAAAAUUAAAAUUAUUAAAACAGAAGGAAAAAGAAGUUAGUAGUAAUACACCAGAUGGAGAUAAUAAAAAUAUUAUGCUAAAUAAAAUUUUGAAUAAACAACACAAAAUAAUUAAUGAAGCAAUAAAUUCUAUACAAAUAGGAAUUAAAAAUUUGACACAAUUAACCUUAACAGAAAGACAUUAUUUUACUAUUCGAAAUAUGAAUACUAAGAAAAAGGUUCUAUAUAAAGAUAUGCUAUAUAAUGAAGAUUCGACAGAUGUGAGCUCUUGUUAUUUUUCUAGUGGUGACGAUAACAUUGUGUGUAUAAAUAAAAAGGAAAUAAUAUCGACAAGAACAAAGAAAGACUUAGAAAAUUCUAUGAACAAUUUUCAAGAAGACUUAUUUGGAAAUAAUGAAAAAAGGCAUUAUUCCAAUUUAGAAAAAAAUAUAAAUAAUGAUUCAGAAAUAAAAAGUCAAUUAAAUUUUUUGAGCAAAAAUGAUAAUAAAAAAAAUGAAGAAAUCAUAAAUAAUUUUAGAAAGGAUGAAAUGCGGCUAAAUGAUUAUCAUUGCUACACAUAUGACCCAAGACUAUUAGUAUUUGAAUACACAAAUAAUUUAGUUAUAAGAAAAAAACAAGUCAAAAUGAUAAAAAAAUUAAAACGUGAUUUUUUAAAAAAUAGAAAACAGUUUUGUUAUCAAAUGAUUAUGGGAGGUGGAAAAACAACAGUAUUAUCUCCUUUAUAUUUUUUAAUAUUUUCAAAUUAUUUCUUAGUAUUUAACAUGUGCCCGCAAUCAUUAAUACACUUUACUAUCAAUACCUUUAGAUCGAGAUUUUCUUCAAUUAUAAAAAAAAAUAUUUUUUAUUUUAAUUUUAGUAGAUAUAACAAUAUUACUACAGAUUUAUAUGUAAAUUUAUGUAGUGCACUAGAAAAUAAAUAUAUUUUAGUAACAACCCCGACAUGUAUAAAAUCAUUAUUUUUAAAGCUUAUUUCAACAAUACAAGAUUUGAAUAAUAUUAAAACAUUUGACAUGAUUAAGCAAAAGGCAAAAGCACACAUUACAGAUGUAUUAACCAAAUUUUUAGGUCUUCAAAAUGAAGAAAAUAAUACUGCAACGAAUAAUAAUAGUUACGUCUUAGGUUCAGCAAGUUCUACGAUAGCAAAAAGAGCAAAUACGAUUAAUAAUACUCAACUAACGAAAGUUAGUGAAAAUAUUUCAACAGCUGCUGAUUAUAAUAUGUUAAAAAAACAGCUUGAUUUAUGUAUAAGAAUUAUAGAUAUAUUAAAUAAAAGUAUUUUAUUAAUUGACGAAAUAGAUAACGUUUUACAUCCAUUAAAAAGCGAAUUACAUUGGCCAUAUGGAGCCAAUAGAGAUAUUGAUUUAGUUAAUGUUGUAAGGAAUUUUACGGAUGUAUUUAUGAAUAACCCUUAUUUAAAAUUUUUAUAUGAUAAAAAAAAUGAUAAUAUUGAUAUUAGAAAUGUAAAAAUAUCUAUUAAUAAUUCGGGUAAGGCAGUCAGCAAUUUAGUUAACAACAUUAGACAUUUGAAAAGGGAAGAAGAAAUGAAAGAAAGAGGAUGGGAUAAAAAAAAUGAAAGAGAUUUUCACGGAGGAACAUCAAAUUCUUUUAGCGGAUAUAAAACUAGUUAUGAUGGAGAAAAUAGUUGGAAUAUUGAAAAUCGAAACAAAAAAAUGAUUGAUGGAAAAAUAGACAGUCAUGAAUAUUUUAUUGAUACUAAUAACUCUUAUAAUAUUCACAAGCGUGAUGAUAUAAUGAAUUAUAACAGCAUGAGUAAUAGUGAAAAUAUACAUUCUGGAAAUGCAAUAAAUACUUUUAAAAUAUUAAAAGGUGGUAAUUCCCAGUAUGAUAAUAAUAAUACAUCUUAUGCACACAUAGAUUUAAGUUUGUUCAGAUACAAACUAAGUUGGGUAUUAAUUGAUUUUUUCUUUUAUCCAAUAAAUAAAAAAUUAACUGUGCCAAUGAACGUUCAAUUUAAUACUAAUACAGAUUAUAUUGAUGAAUUACUUAGGAUAUUUAAUAAAGAAAUAGAAAAUGGCAUAAAAUCGCAUGAUAUAUCAAUAAUACCUCAUUUUCAUAUUAUUAACUUUAAAUGGUAUGAUAACAUUAUCUGGAUAUUAGCUAGAUAUGUAUAUUACUUUUUGUUAUCGUAUAAGAUUACUGGUAUUAGUCAAAAGGAUAUAGAGUCUUAUUUGUGUAUGCCUUUAUGUAUAGGAUACAAUGAAAUAGGAGAAAAACAACAAGGGAAAGAAACAAAUUUAAGUAAUUCUACUAUAAGAAGAUUAUUAAAUAUUAAAAAAAUAAAUAAUAAAAAUUGUAAUAUAGACAUUAAUAAUUUACAUGAUGGGGAUUUGAAUAUAUUAUCAAGUAAUUAUCAUCUCAAAAUUUUUGAUAAAAUAAAUCAAUUAGAAUAUGUUUUUUGUAAAAUGUUAAAUCUAUCACGUUUAUAUAUUAAUGGUAUUCUUCCUUUUGUUUUCUCGAAAAUAAAUACUGUACAUUAUGGUAUAUUAUCAGUAGAACAAAUAAAUAAGUGUCAAAUUAUUAUGAGCAAAAGUCGCUAUUUUUUAGCUGUACCAUAUAUAGGCAAAGAUACACCAUCACCUAUGUCUGAAUAUACAAACAUUGAUGUAGUCGUUUCACUCACAAUUUUAUCGUAUAGAUACCAAGGAAUGAGAUAUUUUGAUUUUAUUCUUUCUCUAAAAAAUAUUCUCUAUAAUUAUUCUUUGGAAAAAGAUUAUGACCAUAUUGCAAGUGACUCAGAUGAUGCCUCUUUGUAUUCAGAUGGAGACUUUGAAACAGAUUGUAGUGAUGAUAGUACAAUUGAAAGAAGUGGUAGUAGUAAAGAAGAUGAUAUUUUUGUUAAUGAAACUCAAAAAAAAAAAAAAAAAUCUGAAAAAGAUGGUAAAUCAUUUACGAGUAAAAAUAAAAUUGGAAAUAAAAAAAAACAAAUAAAACAUGGAAAAAAUGAAAUAAAAAAUAUGUAUUAUUUAUACAAAGAAAUAAUAGAAUCAAGUGGAGCCAAAAUUCAAAAAACUAAGAAAGAUAUAAAUAAUAGUAGGUUCUUUUUAUAUGAUAAUAAUCUAAAAAGUAAAAAAGAAAACAAGGGAAUCAAUUUAGGAAAUUAUGUUGAUAGUUUAGACAAGCUUGAUUUAAAUGAUAAAGAAAAUUUAUAUUAUUUGUAUAAUUUAACACGGAAAAAUACACUACUAAUUAGCUAUUUCUUACUUGGUAUUAUAUUAGAAAAAUAUAUAAAACAUACUGAAAAACAAUUGUCAUCAAACUCUCAAGAUUUAACAAAUAAUGUUUUAUUUAAAUAUGUAGUAGGAUAUAGUGGAACAAGUAAUGAUAUAUUACCUGAAGAAAUUCAAAAAUGUAAAUAUGAAAAAAGAACCAUUGGUUCUAUAUUAAAUAUUAUUAAUAAUACAAAUAUUGUUAAUUUCAUUUUUUUACCUUCGAAAUUUUCGCCUAUAGAAAUCUUAAAAAGUUUAAGAUAUUCAAAAAUAAAAUUUAACAGUUUAAUAGAUACAGGGUAUCUAAUUAAUAAUAUAUCGGCGAAAAAAGUUGCUUAUUAUAUUUUGCAAUUUGUUGAUUAUAUUGAUUGUUGUGUCUAUAUAGAAAAUGGAAAGCAUAUGUGCAUGCUACCAAUGAAAAAAAGAAAGAGAAGAAAUUCUGACAGAAAAAAGAAGAGAACUAGAAAAGGGGAUCAAAGAAAUGAUAAUGAAGUUAUUUUUGAUGGUCAAAGCAGCUCUUCUUAUGCUCAUGAUAGAGAUAAUAUAAAUGAAGGAGAUGAAAAACAAAAUGAAAGAAAAUUUUCGAAUAAUAUGCAAGGAAAAGUAGACAAAAAUGGUAAAAAAAUUGAUAAAACAAAAAAUAAGAUUCGAAGUAAAAAAAAUAAAAAUAUAGCCACAAAUUCUAAAAUAGAUGAAAAGCUUAAUUUCAAUGUUGAAAUAAUUCCUUUGCAAGAUUGUUAUGUCCCAAUUAAAAAAAGAUUUAUUUAUUUUGAUCACAUAAACACAUUCGGACAAGAUAUAAAACAAUAUGUAAAUGCAAACAGUUUAGUAACAGUAAACAUUGGAAAUGAUAUUUCAUCUUUUAGUCAGGGAGUUUUUCGUUUAAGAUCAAUAGGAAUGAACCAAAAGAUAUUUUUUAUGAUACCUUUAUGUUUAGUUAAACUUAUGAAUAUAAACACAAACUUAUUUAAAGAUCAUAUUAUAAAUAAUAGUAAUAAACAAACUAAAGAAAUGGAUGACUUAAUAUAUGAUUAUGAUGUAUAUGAUAAUGAGGAAAUGUUCGAAAGAUUCAAAAAAAAUAAUAAAAAUAUAAUUGAAAUGUGCAAUAAAAAUUAUAGUGAAGAUAGUCAAACCGAAUCUGAACAAAAUUCAGGAAGUGAAGAUAGUAUUAAUGGAAGUAUAGAAGAUGAUGGUGAUGAUAACUAUCAUAGUAAUAAGGGAAAUGAAAUGCAAAUUUGUAAAACUAAAAGAGAAGAAGGUAACUCGAGCAAUGAUAGAAAAAUAAAUGAGAAGGAACAUAUUGAAAAAGAAAAUACAGAAAAUGAAGAAUAUAUGUUUAUGAUUGAUUGUUAUAAUAGCAUAUUUUUAGAAGAAAAUGAAAAAAGAAAUGUUUUAAAAGAAUUAACACAUUAUUUAAUUUUAAACAACAUUAAUAAUAACAUAAAACAAGGUGAAUUAUUAUGUGUCCACAGUAUUGUUAAUAUAAUAAAAAAGAAAAGUAUAAAAAUGUUAAUUGAUAAUUAUAUAAAUAUAGGUGUAUUAAAUUAUAAAGAAUAUUUAGAUAUAUUUAAUACAAGUAUAGAUUUUGAUAUUCAAAUACACGUUCCAUCGAAAAGCAGUUCUCUUUUAUGUAUCAUCCAACUUAUUGAAAACUUUAAAAGUAUAUUUACUAAAGAAGAUGAAUUUUAUAUUCAAGAUAUAAUAUAUCGAUAUUUUUCUUUACAUUAUGAUUUUUCUAAUAAAACAAUGUUUAUGUAUUUUGAUGCUUUUUUUCCUCGAGAAAAUUUUAUGAAAGUGAAUUUUGCUCAAAUUAUAUUAGAUUUAUUUGAAAAGUUGAAAAAAAUAAAAAAAGAUAACUCAGUGUUAGCUUUUAAAAAAUCGUAUAAAAAUGCCAAUAACCAAUUAGUGAAUAUUGGGGAUGAUGGUAAUGAUGAUUCUAUGGACAACAAUUUAUUCAGUAUGGAAAAUGAACAAGAAAAGGAAAAAGAGAAAGAGAAAGAAAAGGAAAAAGAAAAGGAAAAAGAAAAAGAAAAGGAAAAGGAAAAAGAGGAAGAAAAAAUUCCAGGCGAUCAGAAAAAAAAAAAUAUAAAAUAUAAAAAAGAUGAAUAUAAAUUAUAUAGAUGGACAAUGGAUGAUAUAAAUGCAGAUUUAUUCGGUGCAAAUCCUAAAUAUACGAAAAAUGAUGAAAAUAAUAAAGGUGGACUUUCUUCUUUGGUAAAUCCUAAAAUUGUAGAAACAUUCAAAAAAAUGAGUGAUAAUAACAGCCCUUUAUUUAUGCCUUUAAAUAAAAUAUGUGUCAAUGAUAUGUAUCUUAACUUUCCGUCUUAUGUUUAUGUGUCCAAAAAUUUUAUAAAUUCGGAUUCUAUCGAUACGAAAAAAAUUAAAAAAUUAAAAAACGUUUUGGUAGUAAUUGAAUGUGUUAAUAAUAAUAAUGAAAGUGAAAAUAAUUCAAAUAUAAAUAAGAGCAAUAAUUAUGACAUAUAUGCAGAAAAAGAUAUAUUAAAAAAUGUCUGGGAUAUAUUACAAGAAGAUAAUAUAGAUGAAAUAGUAAACAUUUUAGAUAUAAAUCCAUUUAAAUAUUCUUAUGAUUUGUCAAAACUUUUAUCUUAUUAUAUAGAGAAUAAUAAAAAUAAAAUUACUAAGUUCAACAUUUUUUCAACUGUUUUAGAAAAAUUAGAAUUAUAUUUUAGUAACACAAAUAAAAAGUACAUUAUUAUCAGUUUGCAAGAAGCAGAAACAUUGAGAUAUCAUAUUCAUAAAAAAAUGAAUUAUGAAAAAGUUCGAAAUGGGCUAAUGGGAAAAUCUGAAACAAACUACCGUCAAAUGAAUAAAAAAAUAGAAAUAAAUUUUGACAAUUUUAUGGGUAUGAAUAAUCAAUUAAAACAAGGGACAUAUAAUAAUAUUUCAACUCUAAAAAAAGAAAGCAUUGAUAUAAAUCGAAACACUUUGGGAAACCUUGACCAUAUAAAUAAGUCAAAUGUGAAAAAUAAUGAAAACGAUCCGUUAUUUGAUAUAUUUAAAGACACAAGUAAAAUUGGAAUGAAUAAUAAUAUGGAUGUAAAUAAAUUAACUGUUGAACUCGAGGGGUGUAUAAAGGAUGAAAUUGCACAAGAAAAUAAUAUGCUAAGUCAAGGUUGGGGAUUAGACAAUCUUGGAAGUAUAAGUUUAAAUGAUGAUAUUGAAAUGAUGGAUUUAGGAAAAGAAUCUAUCCAGCCAAAUUUAAGGGGUGAAAGUCUCACUGGAUUUAUGGAUGAUUUCUUUUUAAAUGAUAACAAUGUGGAAAAUAGUAAAAAAACAAACUCAUUAAUUGAUAAAAGAAAAGAAGAAGAAAUAAAUAAUACAGUAAAAAAUAAUAAUAAUAAUAAUAAGUACGAAAAAAGUAUGUCAAAUUUAGAUUUACUAGUAGAUACAUAUGAAAAAGAAAAGACUUGUGUUAUAUUUGAUGAAAUAAACCCAUUUAAAGAUGUAAGUGUAAAUCUGUAUAAUUACCAUUUCUGGUUUACCCCUAUUGAAAUAACCGAUGAAAAUAAUUUGAGAAAAUAUUUAUCAAGACAAAUACAAAUAGUAUACAGUGUAUGUAAAUUUUUUAAUUCUGAUAGAAAAUUUAUUGAUGCUCAUGUCAAUUUAUUAUUACAAUAUUUAAAUUUUAACUCACCAAAAUAUCGACUUAAUUAUUUCAAUGAAUUAUAUUUAUUAAGAAGAAUUAUGAAAGAUAAUUUAAAUAAGAGCUACAAAAAUUUAGGAAAAAACAUUAUUAUCCCAAAACAAAUUGAAUUAGAAAUUGUUGAAAAGAAAUUGUUUGAAAGUAAUGGUGAUAUAUAUAUGUUUAAAAUAAUGCAACAAACAGUUAGACAAAUUUUAAAAAAAAAACAAUUAACAUUGCAAGAGAUUUUUGAUAAAGACUUAGAUUAUAUAUGUAACGUACAAGAUAUAAAAAUUUUAUUUAACUUUUUAAAUAUUCAUGAUAAAAAGCUAGUUAAUGUGUUAUUUGAUAUUUUAGGAACAAAUAUUUCUUUGCAUGAAUUAUGUUAUUCUCUAAAUCCAAUUGAACAUAUUAAAAAAUCAGAUUGUCAUAAGGAUAUACCUAAUGAUGAUACAAAAAUGUAUACUAAUAAUAAUUUUAUGAAAGAAAUUGAUAAAUACUUGAAGAAUUUAAGAUUUUCUUUAACUGACCAUACAUAUUUUAAGGUAAUAUGGUCAGGAAAUAUUUCAAAUCAAAGAAUUAUUCAAAAUAGCAACAGUAAAGUAUCAAAACCAAUGAGUAACGAAACUGAUAGUUUUAAAUAUUCACAUAGUGAAUCACCAAAUAAUUUGUAUGCAAUGAAUACAAUUUCUAACAAAAAUAGUUUGCAAAAUAUUAGCAGUAAAGAGGAUAUAAUAAAGAAAUAUGAUGAAUUUUACAUAUACGAAGCAGAAAACACAGAGCCCAAAGAUAGAGGAAUGAUGAGCAAAAACAAACAAAAAAUAAUUCUAGGUCAUUAUGCAUCAAAUAAACCUGUAGAUAAUACUUUUGCAAUACUUGAAGUUACAGAUAUAUCUAUAAAUAGUAUGUAUACAAGUGCUUAUGCUCAGGAUAUUUUAAAUUUAUUAUUUCCAUUUCCAAAAAAAUAUAUAUUAUUAUGGCACGAAGAUUAUUCUUUAAAAAAUGUAGACGAAUGUUUGCAUAUAUGGAAGCCUAUCUUAUCAUCGUCUCAUUUUUCAAAUACAACAUUUUUAGGAUUUAUAGCAACUAUGGGUCCUGAACAACCUGCCCUAAAUAAAAUUAGAGCAAUACCAAAAUCUUUGGUUAAAAAUGUAAAAAAACAACUAUAUACAACAUUUUACGAAGACAACAAUAUUGUUAUUAAUAAUUCUGGCUUUCUGAAUUCCUUGAACUUUCAAUUUUCUAGCGGAUUUGAUCUCCAAAACUACGAAGAACUCAUUUUCCCAAACUUCUCCUUAAAUAUUGUAGAAAAAAUUAAAAAAAUAAAAUACGCAAAUGAUGAUAUUUUCAAUUUAUGGGAAAAUGAUAAACAAGUUCAGGAUGAUGAUGAGUCAUCCAGUGAAUGGGAAGUAAUACCUCAAUGUUUUUAA